UGAAAAUUGUAUGACUAACACACGUCCUACGGUUCCUUAAUUGGAUGUCAAACCUUGUCUUUUUCUCUCUUUCAACAGCAGAACUGCAGAAUCAGCGGCAGCAACAACAACAACUACAACGAAGCUGCCGUAGCAGCAGCAACAGCAACAAAAACGAAACUGCUCUCCCACAAUGGUAAUGGCAUCUCCAUCUGAGAGCCUCCAUACAUACUCAGCGGCUUCAACAGCUGCAGCAACAGCGGCAGCGCCAUCGGACAACCGAUCAUCGCCGCAUCGGACGGUCCCGAUAUCCCGCCAGUCAUCGAUCUACUCUGUCACCUUAGAUGAAUUCCAGCAAUCCGUCGACGACGCCAGGAAAAGCUUCGGAUCGAUGAGCAUGGACGAAUUCCUCCUCAGCAUCUGGACCGCGGAAGAGACCGCAACUGGGGCGGCCCCCAGCGGAGAGACGACGGCUGCGAUUGCCCAGCCGAGCUUAGCUAGGGAAGGAUCGUCCGGCGGGAAGACAGUCGGAGACGUCUGGUCUGAAAUCCAGCCACGGAAUUCUUGCAAUGUCGAAAUUGCCCGUGGGGAACAGAUUUUCGGAGGGAUGACGCUGGAGGAUUUUCUACUGAAGGCCGGGGUAGUUUCGGAAGGAUGCGGGCCUUCUCGAUCUCCGCAUUAUCUGAAUUUUCGAAAUUCUGGUGUGGCUGACGGUUAUGGGCAGUACUGGGAUUCUGGUGGCGCGGUGGGCCAUGGCGAUCUGGUGGGGCCCGGAUCGCCAUUGAGUCCGGCAUCGUCUGAUGGGUGUGGACCGAGUCGGGGGGUGGAUGACUCAGUGAGUCAUCAUGGGCUGAGGAGGGGUGGUGGGAGGAAGCGGAUUGUGGAUGUUUGUGGGCCAUUUGAUCAGGGGGUGGACAGACGGCAGCGGAGGAUGAUCAAGAACCGUGAAUCAGCGGCCAGAUCUCGUGCACGGAGGCAGGCUUAUACAAUGGAGUUGGAGGCCGAGCUAAACCAGCUCAAAGAAGAGAAUGCCCUUAUCAGGAAAGAAACGCUUUCGGAGCCCUCCCAGGAGAAGCCAGAGGCAGAAAAGGAGGGGAAGACGUUGAGGAGGACCUCAAGCUGGCCAAGAUGAGUAGUUAAUCGCUAAAGAAUAUCAGUAGCUAAUCGCCAGCGUCGACAUGUUCCGGGGUGUGUUUUGAUAAGACAGUUGUUUUCGUAUAAUAAGUACUAAAAUGAGAAUUAUUAUUAGCUCAUUAUAAAACUUUAGUUGAUCUGUUAAUGCAUGCAGUGAUGGAUAGAUCUCUCUCUCUCUCUCUCUCUCUCUCUCUCUCUCUCUCUCUCUCUCUCUCUCUCUAUAAUGUGGGGUUCCCUUAUAUUUGUUUAUGAUUUUAUCCAUGCGUUCAGAUGGUUCAUGUGAUUAGUUUUCAUAGAGGAUUUGCCAGAUCUGUGAUCUGAGACUUUUUGACAA